AUGUCGCAGCCGAACGAAGGCGCCAUUCAAGAGGUCACCGAUGACAUACAACUGAACGACUUACGGGUGCGAGACCUGAGAAGGGCAGAAUUUCAACGGAACUUUGCACAAACGACAGAAUUGGUCACUUACAGCUUGAUUCUACUGCUAUUUCUGGCCGAUGAGUCGAUACUACGGGCUGGUAUCCGAGUUUUUGUUCAGCUGGUAAUCACCAAUCCGUUUCUGCAGACGAACGUGAGAGCCACCGAUCAUACUAACGAUUGGAAACGGAUCAUUGCCAAGAAGCAGCUGCAGAUGCUGAUGAUAGUGAACUGUUUUUGUAUUGCUGUUCAUCUAAUGUUCCCGCCCGGGCACGUUGUGACUGACACUGGUAUGAGGCUUACGGAUUACACCCAUGGGAGCACUACCCUGGACAUUAUAGGGGAACGGAAGUUCCAGCAUUGGUUUUUCGAAUACUGCUAUGUUUUGAUGCUGGAUAUCAUAAUUUUUUCAUUUCAAGCUUUGAUGUUCUGUGUUGAAUGCAUACAUAACCAGAAUAUUACCACAGAAGAGGAGCAAGCGCAGAUAGAGGGAUUACAGGAAAUACCGCCUGAAGGCUCCAAAGAAAGAGCCGACCAGGAAUUUGAUGGCUACAUGGGAAAUGUGGUACUAUUCUCCAUUUCCCCUAUGAAGGUUCUCCAGAUAGUGGCGCGCUUUUCAAGAGGUGAAAACACGCCCGAGAUUGACUGGACAUCUGUUGCAUCAUCUAACGCAUGA